UUCUUUGCGGCAGACGAUAAAAUCAUGACGUGGGGAGUUGGUUUGUUGACAAUCAUUGCUUUUGACGUAUGAUUGUUGUUAGUCAGGUUUUGCGUGGAGAUGAACGAAGAACAGUUAUUAGAAGAUGGACCAAAUGUUGAUUUUAGAGGUGUAACGCUGCAGAUACAGCACGAUGCUGACCAGAGUAGAAGUCCAAGUAGUCAGGGAGACAGUGAUUCAGUUGCAAAGCUGUCAUUGUCUCCUGACACGGGAAAUGAGCAAAACAGGGCUAAUAAAGAAAGUGGUGAUCUAAAGCCAGCAAUUUCAAGCGGCACAGAUGUUAUAUCUCCAAUAACGUCAAUACCAAGGAAAAUUUCAGAACAUCUGAAGAAAUCUCAUUCAAAAGAAGGUUCUGCUGUGCAAAGUGAUGCAAUUUGCCAGAAUAGUGCUCUGGAACAUGAUAAUGCCAAAGAUUAUUUUACAUAUAGGGAUGGCAUAGUAGAAAAUGCAGUAAAGGAAUGUGUUGAAAAAAUACUAGUUCCAGAAAAAGAUGGAGAAUUUAUUGGAUCUUGGCUUAUGACAGAGAUAAGUUUUUGGGAUAAUGAGAAAGAGAGACUAGUUCUUCUUUCAAGUGCUACAUUAACCACUGUAAAAUAUGACUUUAUUGCCCUGAAACAGCUAGAAUACCGCAAAGUUCCUCUAGAUCUUCUUGAUACUCUUGUUAUCGGCGAUCUUAUCUAUCCACCAGGAUCUCUUGUUCCGAGGCUGAAUGGUCUAGCAACGGGGGUUGUCACAGUCGUGAAGGGCUGUCUGCUGCGACCUCUGCAGGAACGCUGGUCACACACAGCAUCUGCAGAGUUCUGUGCUAAUCCAUUUGACAUCCGUAAUUUUGAGCCCAGGUCACGCAAUGUACGUGGAUUACGUGCAAUGUGGAAUCGAGGGGAACCAUUAACUUUUACCAAGAGAUGGAAUCCAUUUAAUAGUGAUAUACCUUUUACAACAUAUACAUCUCACCCACUUCUGUGGCACAAAGAUGGUGAUAGCAAUAAAAUGUAUGAUGUUGAAGACUUUGCACGUAAACUUGUGGAUGCUGUGGAACACAUACAGAAGGAGGCUGAUGGUCCAGUAUGCAGAGUGGAACACAAGUCUAUCGUGCUCCAGAAUUAUGUUGGCCUGGGUUCUGUAAUACACAACAAAAAUUCUUUAGGGUUCUUUAAAGUACGUGGAAAAUUUAGUUUUUAAUUGUUCCUGGACGAAACUUUGUUCGGGGCUGACAGGCAGGCUAAUGCAACUGUCAUCUACAGUAAUUAAUUUACAAAAAUAUGUUCCUAUGUUCGAAAUUCCUCAAAACAGACGUGUAAGGCGUAAAGUUAUUUGUUUGUGUUACUAAUCCUUGAGAAACUACCUGUAUAAUAGUAUAAUGGCAGAAGUACUACUAUUUUAGGUUCAAUUGCCUUCGAAUUUUACAUCAUUAUGUUUUGACCUGUGUGACUGUUGUUGUGGGUAAAAAUUUGUAUGUAUGACAAGUUUUUGGAAUUUUGAAAUGUAGCUUCUGUUAUUUAAAUAUACUUUGUAUGGUGUUACACACUGUAUUAUAUACUAGCAGUAAUCUGCUGUUUCUGUAAGUUGUAAAAUUUGGUGAGGUUAUUGCCAUUCUUUUUUGCACAGAUUUUGUUUAUGUUUACCAUUGAUAGUUUUUUAUGCUGCACUGUAGAAAUAUUUUGUAAAUCAUAGUUUUAUCCAUCUUAAGAUUAGUCAGUAGUCCUUGACACUACAUUGAUGUGAAAGCAAAUUAACAUGACAGGUAGUAAAGACUAAUGUACUGAACAACCAGGAAUGGUAGUGCACUUUUUCUUUAACCCACUUUUAAAAUCUCACAUAAAAUAAUGAAGUAUCAUAUUUAUUUCACAUGCCACUGUUUAUAUUUAUUUGUUAUUGUAUUUGAAGAUGUGAGUAGAUACAGAGGUGUGAUAUUUAUGUUGAAAAUAAGUUAACACUUUACAUUUCAGGCUUAAUCUUUCAGCAGGCAUCUACAGAACCAUUCAGUAUAUGAUGUCUCAAAAUAUUAUACUGUCCUUUAUUAUGAAUUUAAACUUUGAAUUUAACAAAAAAUUUAAACAUUGAAUUUAACAAAAAAUUUGCUUUAAACUUACUUUAUACUACAAAUGAAACUGAAAUUGCCCAGUUGUAUUGCGUGUUUAAAUGGACAGUAAAAUUUAAUAUUUGCAGUUUAUCAAUGCAUUCAAAAAGAACUGAAAAAGAAAAUACUGCCUGAUUGUUUUCAGCCAAAGCCAUGAAUUUUCAUGUUGAAGAAGCUAGUGUAACUGUUGAAAUCCACCAGUUAGACACAGUUUGUGUUACUGUCAUCUUGUUUAUGGGAUAAAAAUUGUUGAUUUCCAGACCCAAUUACUGACUGUAAUUGUGGAAUAGGUCAGUGGCCUUGAUCAUUAUGGAAAUCCACUGACUUGAAUUUAUGAUACUGAAUUUUCUGUACAUCAUGUGUAUUAAUACGCCUUGAAACCAUUGGAAGACUAUUGAAAUAGGAAAUAGUUUUUGACGUGUCCCUAAACAUAGUUUAAUUUAAUUAACAUCAGUAGUUCAGUAGUAAUGCUCUGAAUACUUAUUUUUUUCUCAUGCUUUUCACUUCUUGAUGAUGUUGAUGAAUAUCAGAAGUAGUUGGACUGAGCUGUUGUCCGAGAUGUUGCCUUACCAAAAUAACUAAACAAUCACAGUAAUUCAUUUGUGUAACAGAUUAUGUCUGUGUUGUAAUGCAGCAAACAGUAGGUUUGAAGGUGUUAUUCACAAUAUGAAUUGCAUGAAGAAUUGCAGUUAAGCUUUGUCAUGGAGUGUAGUUAUUGACGGUUGAUUUGUCCUCUACAUUUUGUGCUCUACAGCGUCCUCUUAAGUGAUAUCAUUUACUGAGACAUAACUAGUAUAAGGACCUAAUUUACAGACUGUUUAAUUCUUUUAGUGUUCAUAGUCCAUGAUUCCUAUACGGAAAACCAUGACAUGUAACUCCUAUGAAUAACGGUUUUCUUUAAAAAUGGAAUAGAAAUCAAAAUGAUGUUUUCACAAAUAAUUCUUUGUUAGCUAAACUGUACUUCUGUAUGGCCCAUGCUAUUGUGAAACCAUCAUACAUUUUGAAACUCAUAAAGCUCUACUUUUAAUUUACUUAUGUGUUCUCGAGAGAGUGUGUUGUUUAUUAUUGUAAAAUUCCAUCUAGAUUGUAAGAAUGUUUACCCAUUUUUAAUUCCUAUUUUAGGAAAUUUAAGAUAUACACUAUGAGCUUCAGUUGUAUUUUUGAAUAGAUGUACAUAUAUUAUAUUGUACAAACGUAUAAAGCACAUUGUAUGUUGAGGAGAGUGAAGAAAAGCUGACCAUGUACCUAGUCAUGUCCUAGUCAGUAAGAGAAAUAAAAUGGCAAUAUAGGUCAUUCAUUAUUGUAAUAGUUCAACCAAAAAGAAUUAUUAUAUCUACUAUGUCUGCAGUUCUGUCUCUUAAACAACUGUAAUGCUGUAAUUGUUGAUUGAAAUUUUACCUUCCCAUUAUGGAUCUCAAAAAAAUGAUUUUUGCAUGUAGGGGGUGCCAUGGUUUAUAUGCAUCAUUUCAUAAUAUGUGUAGAGAAUGAUGAAAGGAAGGCACAGAUACUGACUUACAAUUAUCUCAUUCUGGAUAUAAAUUCCAUAAACUAGUUUCAAACUGAAUUAAUUGUUUUUAGACACAAAUGUGUCAUUUUGGUACUGUCACAUCCCAAGAGUGGUUAUGUCUGACAUUGAAGAAAGCAGGUUCGUGUUGUGGGAUUCAGCUGCUUUAACUAGAUGGGAGAGAAACUUGACUUGUCUUGAUGUUAUUCCCUGAGGUACCUAUCGGUGAUUUAAUGAUGACUAGAAUAAGUGAUUCAGAAGAUACAGUUGACUAAAGUCUAUUCUACAGUUUCAACUACAGGAAAUUGCUGACCUUACCACAGUAUCUUCCAAAGAGAGACCACAACCUUGUAUGGUGGUGAUGACUGCUUGUCAUCAUUCCAUAUGUUCACAGAAACUCCCACACAAGAUGCAAUACCCCAGAAAACCAACAGAGAACUAUCUCCAUAUCAACAUUUUAUAGGGCACAUCUUAAUCUUUGCCUCGAUGUCUGGUGAAGCAAACUAACCAACCACAUCAUCUCCACUGGACAUACUGUCGCUAAAUUUUUGUGCUCUCUUCCCUUUAAAAUCUUCUGCCCCAGUAGUGUUAUAAAAUUGUGGGUGUGUCUCUUGAUUAGUUCACAGUGAGUGUUGGCAUACCAAAAAACUAAGUGAAAAGAAAGGGUUGAGGGUGGGGAAUAGAUAUGACCUUGAUUUACAGCCAACUGAUGAGUUCAUACAAAAACGUGAGUGCCCAUUGGCCACCAGUGACAUGCUUGACUCCCCACCACGAGACCUCAUUCUUUCUCUCACACAUCUAAUACUUUUGUCCUUUCAAGACUGGUAUCUUUAGCAUUUUUGCCUAAUCCUGUUUUACUUGCUAUGCAUUGUCAGCUUCACAUGUUGUCCUUCCUGUUUUGUUUGAGCCCUGUGUCUGUGUUAUUUCCCCACAGGCUGGUGAUCAGCCUUGAAGUCAGUUUGGUCUGACUACAUGCCACCUUGUGACUGCUCCUGUCAGGCUCAAAAUCUGUCUCUUCUUUAUUUCGUUCUUUAUUAUUUAUAAGACUUGACUUUUCUGUUGUGAACACAGCAUUUCCUUACUCAAAUGGAAAAUGAGUUUCAUGAUAUAGACUUUUACAAUAUUCAAACUUAAUAAAUUACGUACAUGAAGGCUAUCUGAUACACCAAUCAAGAUUUGAUGCUAAUACUGCAUCAGAUGAUUGAGAUUUUAGUAACACUUCUAUUUAUAAAAUUUAAAAUGUCAUAGGAAAUUACUUAAUAAAGAAAUACACACUGUAUUCUGCUGAAUGAAGACAGACCUACUCAGUUAUGUGAAAGGCACAUACUAAGCUCGAUCUGGUCUUUGAGUAAUUUCAUUGAGAAACACGGCAGUAUCAAUUGUUGGAAGUAUUUGAUGCUGAACUACUAAAAUAAGACAUUUUUUCUUCAUAAAAUAAAGAAAAUUUUAUCUUAUCUUUGUCUUUUGUUUUUGAAACUAUUUAUACUCAUUCGGUAUUGGUAGUUAAUAAUAAUACUCAUGUGUGCAAAUAUAUCAAAUAAAAUGGGAAUGGCACUUGAGAGAAAUACUUAUUGAACUUAGAAGAAAGAUUAUUAUGUUAAAGGUAUAAGCUGGUUGAUUCACACUUCAACCCUGAAUAAACCGAGUGCUUUUUAGAGAAAUAUGAAUGAAAUAAACAUAAAGUGCAAUAUGCAUUGUGGAUAGUGCUUCACUGUCUUCUAUUUAUUACGCUUUUGCAAAAGGAAGUGUUUGGAGUGAAAAAUACUAUGACAACAUAAUUCUGAUGUUUUUCAUGUGUCUCCCAUAUAAUUACAAACUUCCAAAUGUUAUUACCCAGUUCACUGCAAGUUGAAAGUUUGCGAAGUUUCUUCACAAAAUGUACAUCAGCAU